AUGGGGAAGAAGAGGAAGGCUAACCUUCUUGAACCGGCCCCGUCGCCUCUGAGACUCUUGUUACUGGAAGAGUUCGCUUUUGGACGACUUUCAGCUGCUCAAGUGCAAAAAAUGGCGAGUGCAGCAGUUCGGAGCUGCAAAGAACCCAGCCCAGACCUGGCGAGUUUGCAGAUGCUGGGAGGACAAGGCACUAGUGCUCAGAACUGCCACAGAGACUUGAUGAAGAUGCUGAAUGUGUGCAGAGCGCCAGAAAGUACCUUGAUCAGCACCCCGGUGUCCUUGAGAGACAAGAAAUCUGGUGGUGCCGUGGUGGAGUCGAAGCAGGUGCCUUUGCUUCUUCCCCACGAGUGGUUCGAUGUGCUGGAGAAGAACGAUGUGCUGGAGAUGUUCACUGCAACUUGGUCGAUUAAGACCUCGGAAUUGCUGAUCGGCUGUUUGCCGAAAUCAGCAAAUGCUGGAUCGUGGCCAGCUUUGUGGGACAAAAUCUGUGAAAGUUUGACACUGUUGGCCUCGCGACACAAAGCUGUGGUCAUGGCUUUGGUAGGAGACUUGGAGUUCUUCUCGCAGGAAUUCGGAUGGCCUACUGCGAACAGCAAUAAUUUGUGUCCUUACUGCAAGUGUGACAACCUUUUCAAAGAUGCAGAUGCUGUCGCCCCGUUCAAUGACUUCAGAGCAAGUGCUGAGUGGAGAAAGCAACCCAGAGAUCCAAGAGAAAAUGAUCACCCUUUGUUUAAAGUUCCAGGGAUCAAUUUUUGGUCCCCGAAACUUGAUGUGUUGCACAUGCUAGACCUUGGAGUCAGUUCGCAUUUGUAUGGAAACUUGAUCAACGACAUCUUGGAGGACCACCUACCUGGGAGCUUCGCUGCAUCCAUUGGAGCUUUGAACUCAAGAAUCCAGGAGCUGUACGAGAGUCAGUCGACCCCAGCUGCUGCCAGAAUCCCGAAGUUGAGCAAAGGGAACAUUCAAAGUCAGACUGGGUACCCGUGCUUGAGCCAUGUGAAAGGGCGACGAAUACGAGAGUUCUCGAGUGUGGCUGUGGGGUUGGCAGACUUGUACAAGGAUACAGUGGCAGGAAAGCAUCGUCUUGAAGCAGUGAAGGCCAUGGACGAGAUUUACGAGCUGUGUGACUGCCAGAAGUAUCGCUUUGACAGAAAGGAGCACAGAAGCAUGGAGAAGGCGAUUGACAGAUUGCUCCUGCACUACACUUUCUUGAGCAGAGAUGCUUUCAACAGAGGAAAGAAGAGGUACAGUGUCACCCAGAAGUUCCACUUGAUGGCACAUUUUCAUGUUCAGUGUAAAUGGAUGGCACCCAGACUUGCUUGGACCUAUGGCCCUGAGAGUUUCAUGUCGGUGUGCAAGAAAAUCGCUGCUUCAUGUGAUAGAGGAACGCCGAGCUACCAGAUUCCACUGAAGAUUUGUGGAAAAUUCGCCUUAGCUUACGAGCUCCUGCUGCGAGGAUGGCUGAAUCUGGAUGAAGAUGAGGAGUGA